AUGGCAUCUUCUGGCCCUUUCACCUCAGUGUCAACUAUCCAUGAUCCACUCAGCAUGGAUCUCGCGGCUGCAACCACAAACUUUCUUGAGUUUUUGGAUACCUUCAAGGAGAAGGGCAAAGAAAUGGCCUCAUACAAUAACAAAGUUAUGACUGCAUCGCAACUCCAAUUACUGCAUGCUUUGGCUGAUCGAUCAAACCCUUUUCAACGUUCAGAGAUUUCACAAGUGCUCAACAUUUUGUCGAACCUGCUUAAGAACCAGCAUUUGGCAAUAAAGAUCGUAGAAUUGUAUCGACCUAUUGUCCUUGAUCUGGUCGCUCGAUGGAUGAUUCCAGACUCUGUUUCAACAUCAACAUCAGCAUCAGCAUCAGUAUCAGCAUCAGCAUCAGUUUCAGCAUCAGUUUCAGCAGCAUCAUCACCCAAGAUGAAUAUGGACACUGAUAACAUAGACUCAAUCACAGACAUUGAUUCAUUUCCUACAAAUUUUUCAUUACAGCAGGACCUACAAAGGAUUGCACAGGUCUUUGGGCUGAUCCUUCCUAUAGUUCCACAAGUUAAGAGCUUUGCAGUUCGUAUAUUUUUACAAUAUCCAUCGCCACUGGAAUGGCUCAAUACACUUACAGACAAACACAUUCAGGAUCCUCAACAGGAUGAAAUAAAAAGAGCUCACGAUACAUUGAUGACUUGUUAUCGACUUUUGAAAUUCUCAUCGUCAACAUUUUCGACGUUGUGGGAUUGGACACCGGUUUAUAGCUGUUUGGGAUUCAGUGAUGAGCCAUUAAAAUAUUUGGCGAUCCAAUGUUUAGCAGUUGUGCUUGAUAUUCGGGACGAUCAGAUAUCGGAAGCCCUAAAGGUCCACUUGAAUAUCAAGGACAGUAUUGAAUGGAGCGUCGGAUUCCAAAAGUAUCGCGCGGAUCUGUUGUCUCUACUGGAGCAGGAUCGGAUUUCAGCGGCUCAACUUGCAUUAUUCAAGAAUCCACCAACGUCGACAUCAUUAUCAUCAUCCACUGCAUCAUUAGCGGAUCGACGUAUCAUGGUUGAAGAUCUUUCACCAUUGACAGUCAACCUCUGUGGUGUACUCCUGCCAAGAUCCAACAAUCCACAUCCUCAACAAUCAUUAUUGUCGGGCCAUAAACUAGUCUUGACAGAAACCACAAAACAUAAUCUACAUUCUAUCGGACUCGCGCUCUCAAUUGGCGCACCCGUCUUAUUAGAGGGUGUCACAGGUGCUGGAAAGACUGCACUAGUAGAAGAAGUUGCCAGAGUGACCGGUCGUGAUGAUCUUGUCAAGAUCCAUUUGGGCGAUCAAACAGAUUCAAAAGUACUAUUGGGUACAUAUGUCUCCACUUCAAAACCAGGAUCGUUUAAAUGGCAAGCAGGCGUGCUUACGACGGCUGUCAGGGAAGGAAAGUGGCUGUUGAUCGAGGACAUCGAUUUAGCCCCCAUGGAAGUUCUAUCAGUUCUCCUUCCAUUACUGGAAUCCAGGACACUUUUUAUCCCUAGUCGUGGCGAAAAGAUCCCUGCUCAUGAGGGAUUUCAGCUAUUCGCGACUCAAUCCAUGAUUCCAUCUCGUUCGGGUGGUGGGCGAUUAAUGGCACGUAAUGUCGGCGGGGCUGAUGCUAGUAUUGGAGCCAACCUCUGGACACGCGUUCAGGUCAACUCGCUUUCGCAUCAGGAGUUAUCUCAAAUUAUCCAUGAACGGUUCCAGGAGCUAGGACCUGAUCAAAUUCUGCCCAACUUGAUCAUGCAUGUCUUUGAAGCCAUCUCCGCUACCUUUGCAUCAUCAGAGUUCUCAUCCUCUCAAUCCAUGGUUUCUCGCGUUAUUUCGCCUCGUGAUUUGAUGAAGUGGUGUACUCGUAUAGAUACUUUAAUCAAGGCGAAAGGGGGGUUCAUGGCGUUAGGGAACCUGAUCAGUACUAAGAGAGGAGUGGAUGAAAAGAUUCUUCAAGAUCUGUUCUCAGAAGCCGUGGACUGUUUCUGUUCCAUGAUUGCAGAAUAUGAUGUUUGGGAGCGAGUCUUGGUCCGAUUAGGUGCUGCUUUGACGAUUCCAGAGCAAAUGGUUCGACAUUAUAUCAACAGCUAUACACCAGAACUCAAUGAUCGCGACCCAGACAAUAUUACGAUCGGCCGCGUGACACUUCCAAUCUUGGGUAUUGAUCAAGGGGGAAGUCAUCGUAAAGUCAAGAAAGGAAUAAGAAAAUCAGAUUUCGCGAAGACUGCACAUGCUGCAAAACUAAUGGAGCGGAUUGCAGUUUCGGUCCAUUUAAACGAACCAGUGUUAUUGGUUGGUGAAACUGGAACGGGAAAAACAACUGUAGUUCAACAUCUAGCCAGUUUGUUGAACCAUAACCUUACAGUCAUUAAUUUAUCUCAACAAUCAGAUUCUUCAGAUCUAUUGGGAGGAUUUAAACCUGUGGAUGUGAAGGUCCUUGCAGUACCAUUGAAGAACAUGUUUGAUGAUCUCUUUUCGAGAACGUUUUCAAGAAAGAAAAAUCAGCAGUUCAUAAACCUAGUCGAUAAGCUCUAUAUGCACAGCAAAUGGGAUGCAUUGAUCAAGGCUUGGUCACAGUCGAUUCAGAUGGCAGAGAGUAAACUAGACACGAGUAGGAAACAACAAAGAGAUGUUGAUACAAAUGUCGACAGUACGGCAGCAGUAGGAGCGACAACAGCAGCGAGCACAGCAUCAAAGAAGCUUUCACCCAAACUUCAAAGAGAAUGGCAAACAUUUGCAGAUCAGCUCGCGAUUCUCAAAGAAACUUAUUCUGUGUCGUCUGCAAAAUUCGUGUUCUCAUUCUUGGAGGGUGCACUUGUCAAGGCAGUCCGUCGUGGAGACUGGAUUUUGUUGGAUGAGAUCAACUUGGCGACGACCGAAACGCUAGAAUGUCUUAGUGGAUUGCUUCAGGACGAACAUGGCAGCAUUCUCUUGGCAGAACGAGGAGAUUCUGAACCGGUAGUCCGUCACAAGAACUUCCGUGUGUUUGCCUGUAUGAAUCCUGCAACAGAUGUAGGCAAACGGGAUUUGCCUCCAGGUUUACGGAAUCGGUUCACAGAGUUUUAUGUCCAUCCACCAGAUGCUAGACGUGAGGAUCUGUUGGAAAUCAUCAAAAAAUAUCUCGAAUCCUGUACACUGAGCGAUUCAAGAGCCAUCCCCGACAUUGCGGAUUUUUAUUUGGCAGUCAAGGCUUUAAGUUAUGCACACAAGUUGGUAGAUGGUGCUAAUCAACGGCCUCAUUUCUCAAUGAGAACAUUAACAAGGGCCUUACAGUUUGUUCGUGAGAUCGUGGCCACAUAUGGAUUGCGUCGAUCGAUGUAUGAAGCUUUCAGUAUGACCUUUUUGACUCAGCUGAGCAGAGAAAGUGAGCGAACUGUCCGAGCAUUGGUCGAGAAGUAUUUGUUGAACGGUGUCAAGAACCCACGUCAAGUCAUCACUCAGAUCCCACGCAAGCCAGAUUAUCCUCUUCAAGAAGGAAGAGAGAUGAUCCAAUUUGGUCAUUUCUGGCUCCAAUGCGGCUCUCAUCCGAUUCGAGAUGAUGGGCAGUAUAUUUUGACGCCAUCUGUGGAGCACAACCUCAAUAAUUUGUCUCGUGUGGUCAUGACACGUCGAUUCCCAAUCUUGAUUCAAGGUCCUACUUCUGCAGGAAAGACCUCUAUGAUUGAAUAUCUGGCACAUCGGUUGGGCCACAAGUUUGUUCGAAUUAACAAUCAUGAGCAUACGGAUUUGCAAGAGUACAUUGGGACUUAUAUCUCUAAUUCGGAGGGACAGCUCGUUUUUCAAGAAGGUGUUUUAGUGGAAGCACUUAAAAAUGGAUACUGGAUUGUAUUGGACGAGCUCAAUUUGGCUCCUAGUGAUGUUCUUGAGGCUCUGAAUCGAUUGUUGGAUGAUAAUCGAGAGUUAGUGAUCCCUGAAACAGGUGAGAUUGUGAAGCCUCAUCAGGAUUUUAUACUGUUUGCGACUCAGAACCCAGCGGGAUUGUAUGGGGGACGCAAGCAACUCUCAAGAGCCUUUAGGAACCGAUUUCUGGAACUAUUUUUUGAUGAGAUCCCAGAGGCCGAGCUGGAAACUAUCCUGUCUCGUCGUUGUACGAUGGCUCCUUCAUAUUGUAAACGCCUCGUAGAAGUUUACAAGAAACUGAUGGCUCGUCGCCAGACCACCCGACUGUUUGAACAGGGACAUGGAUUUAUCACACUACGAGAUUUGUUCCGAUGGGCAGGACGAGGUGCAGGCAGCUAUGAGGAACUAGCUCAGGAUGGAUACAUGAUUUUGGCAGAAAGAUGUCGUAAAGAUGAAGAGCGAGCUGUGGUCAAGGAGGUCUUGGAGGAAGUGAUGCGAAGCACAAUUAAUUUGGAUCGCAUGUAUAACUGCCCCGAGGUCUUGGAUUAUAUGCAGAGAUUCCAUGGUGGACGCGAGAAUGUGGUUUGGACCAAAGCCAUGAAGCGUCUCUUCACGUUGGUGAGCCAUUGCCUCAAGAAUAAUGAGCCCGUGUUGCUUGUUGGAGAGACUGGAUGUGGUAAGACCACAGUUUGUCAGAUGUUGUCCGAGUAUCUGGGCCGCGAACUGGUGAUCGUCAACUGUCAUCAGAACACAGAAACUGCGGACCUUUUAGGAGGCCAACGCCCAGUUCGAAAUAAUCAGGGUAUGGUUGUGUCUACUAAGAAUGAGCUUGUCAACUUUAUUGUCAAGAUGGGAGGCGAAGUAACAUUUGUGCUGGAUGAAGCAGACUUGGAUGUGGUAGUCACUGCAUUUGAGAAAUUUGUCAAAGUUAAUCAACUUGAGAGUCGAACUACAGAAGAUGGAGCUGAAGUCAUUGCAGUCAUAGCAGAGCUCCGUCGCAUGUACCGCCAAGCAACUACACUGUUUGAGUGGCAUGACGGUCCUUUGGUUCAGUCAAUGAAGGACGGUCAUUUGUUCUUGCUGGAUGAGAUUUCGUUGGCAGACGAUUCGGUACUGGAGCGUCUGAACAGUGUUCUAGAACCACAACGUUUGCUGGUUUUGGCAGAGAAGGGAGGUAAGACAGUUGAGGUCAUGAAUGGAGUCCCUGGCUUCCAGUUUCUGGCUACCAUGAACCCUGGUGGAGACUAUGGUAAGAAAGAACUGUCGCCUGCCCUCCGAAACCGUUUCACGGAGAUCUGGGUCCCCGCUGUUACAGACCGCGAAGAUUUGGUCAAGAUCAUUGAGGAGCAAAUCCAAUACAAGGCUGAGAUGGCGGGCUUUGCAGAAAGGAUUCUUGACUUUGUUACUUGGUUCACACAUGAGUUGGGUAAGAGUCAUAUUGUGGUCAGCUUGAGAGAUAUCCUGGCUUGGGUUCGCUUUAUGAACGCAUUGAUGGCUAAGGGCCAAUUGACAGCUGAGGAGGCAUUCGUUCAUGGAGGAAGCUUGGUCCUCUUGGAUGGCCUUGGAUCGAAUGCUUCUGCUGGAGGUGCAUCCAUGACAGGAGCUCUUUUGAGAGAGUUCCGUCUCAAGUGUUUAAUGGCAUUGAGUAAGAAUGAACAGGUCUUGCAACAGGGUGAGGCUGCAAUCUUUACAGAGGGCUUUGGCACAGUUAAGAAUGACAGUGGACUCUUUGGAAUCACCCCGUUUUACAUUAAGAAGGGAAACCUACAAGACCAAAAAAUCAAGUUUACGCUGCUGGCACCCACUACAACCGACAAUGCCAUGCGAGUCCUUCGUGCGAUGCAGCUUAAGAAACCCAUCCUUUUGGAGGGUUCACCUGGUGUAGGGAAGACAUCACUCAUCUCUGCUCUUGCGACAGCUUCUGCGCACAACUUGGUUAGGAUUAACUUGUCAGAGCAGACUGAUUUAAUGGAUUUGUUUGGAUCUGAUCUACCAGUCGAAGGUGGAAAUAGUGGCGAGUUUGCCUGGAGAGACGCACCGUUCUUGCAAGCAAUGAAGAGUGGUGACUGGGUGCUGCUCGAUGAAAUCAAUUUGGCAAGUCAGAGUGUGCUCGAGGGCUUGAAUUCCUGUCUAGACCAUCGUGGGUCGGUUUAUAUCCCAGAGCUAGACAGAACAUUCGAGUGUAACAUGAAUUUCCGAGUCUUUGCAGCGCAGAACCCUCUGCAACAAGGAGGCGGUCGUAAAGGGCUGCCCAAGUCAUUCGUAAACCGCUUCACACAGGUCUUCGUGGAGCAACUCUUGGAUAGCGACAUCCUCUUUAUCUGUAAGCACCUGUUUCCUCAAGUUGAAGACUCGAUGUUGCGGAAAAUGAUUGAGUUCAAUUACCAGAUGUUUGAAGAGACGAUGGUCAAGCUUAGUUUUGGCCGUAAGGGCAGUCCAUGGGAGUUCAACCUGCGCGAUGUUUUCCGCUGGAUGGAGCUGAUGACUAUGUCUAACCAUGGUCUUGGAUACAAUCAUGACCCUGCAGAACAUCUGGACUUGAUCUACUUACAGCGUAUGAGAACUGAGGAGGAUCGUGCUGCAACAGUUGCAUUGUUUGAGAAGAUCUUUGACCAACCUUACACUCGCACUAAAUCCCCUUACUUCCACGUGGACGAAAUGCACUUACAAGUUGGGCAUUCGCUUCUUCCCCGUCGACAUGGAGAUACAAGUAAUGUUCUUGGGAAGGAUUUACACCUACUUCAGUCGCUCCUUGGACCAUUGGAGGGUAUAAUGAAAUGUGUGGAAGUCAAUUGGAUGGCCAUCUUGACAGGCCCAGCUUCGAGUGGUAAAACCUCGAUUGUCCGACUCCUAGCCAACCUAACUGGAAACAAGCUGGAGGAGUUUUCGAUGAAUUCUGGAGUCGACACUAUGGAGCUUUUAGGUGGGUUUGAGCAAGUUGAUGUUGCGCGGCAUCAAGAGCAUAUCCUCUUCGGACUAUCUCGCCUCGCAAGCCGUAUUUCUCGCGAGAUGCUGUUAAUCCCAGGUCAGCAUAGCACACUUGCUUACGCUCGCGAGGUCAGCCAGAGUCUUUACUUGCUUCAUUCACAAGAUAAAUUCUCAAAACGUACCUCAACUUCUUUGGCACGUCAUGUUGCAGAUGAACGUGUGAUGCGUAACAAUGCAAUCGAGUCCUUGUUGAAUCAAUUGUGGUAUCUAGUCCGAGAGUUCAAGCUGAGUGAGUUCGAAAAGGAUGCUCAAGAGUUAGAUGAAAAGUUCAAGCUUCUGCGUAACUUGGAAUUGACUUCUGUUAGCGGACGAUUUGAAUGGAUUGAUGGAUCGUUGAUUAACGCGCUAGAGCAUGGAUAUUGGUUGUUGAUCGACAAUGCCAACCUGAGUAACCCUUCUGUCUUGGACCGGCUCAAUUCAUUAAUGGAGCCCAAUGGCACUUUAAUGGUGAACGAGCGUGGAUUAAUCGAUGGCGAAGUUAAGAUUAUCCGUCCGCAUCCCAAUUUUAGGAUAUUUAUGACGGUUGAUCCUCGGUAUGGCGAGCUUUCGAGAGCCAUGCGAAACCGUGGAGUCGAGAUUACGCUAGUGGAUGCAGAGUGGAUCAACAGUAUACAAGAUUCAGUAAAGAUUGCAAACUCGCUCGGCAUUCGAGGAUCCGGUGUUCCGUCUAAGAUCAGCCAAAUCCAUCGUUACAUUCACGACUACUUCAAAUUGACCAUGCCAUGGAAGACAGUUCAUGCUAAGGAUAUGUUACUCUACACACGUUUUGUGGUCGAGAGACUACAACGUGGAGAAUAUCUUGAGAUGGCGCUUCGAAACGGUGUCCAGCAAGUAUAUACAUUUGAGGGUGUCCCCAAGGCAGCGAUGCAGCAACAGAAUGAUGAAUCCCAUCACUGGUUCGAGCUGCCCAAAGUUGAUGCUCUGGAGGCGUCGCCUUCAUUUGAUGUGGAAUCAAUGAGCAUUAGGAGUACAUUGUCAGUUACGAACUGCCCUCACUUGCUCGAAGGCCGCAUGUUUUCUCAGGAAUCAAAAUUGGCAACUGUGUCAUUGGAUGGAUCCUACUUGAUGUAUCUCUUACUCUUGGAUGAUGAGUCUAAUGGAAUUACGACAGCGACCAUGAUUUGGACUGCAGCUCAUUACUUUUUAGAGACAAGCUCUCUCUUUGACGCCUGUUUACGAAAGACCUGGCUUCAAAAUCUGUUAAAGAAUAAUGAUUUGAAUGAGACAAACAGAGCACAGGCACUGAUGGCUGAUCAUAUCUUGGAUCAAUUGUCACAAAGUCCUAUGAUGCCUCGUCUUGUAGAGCUGAAAGAAGCAUUGGCAUCCAAACUAGCCCUCAAUAAGAAGUUUUUGGAAUUUCAGCCUGUUGAUAUGCGUCGGAACCCGAAUUUGUUCUGGGCGAUCGACAGACUUUGUGAGACUAAUACGGAAGCGAAGAAUGUAUGGAUUGAGUAUCAGUCUGUAGCUCGUCUGAUCGCGCUCUUUAUCCGAGUCAAGAAGAUGGAGUACAUUGAAGCUAAAGUCUAUGCACAAGCGAGGGGCAAAAAGCCAAACACUGUGCAAAUCUCAUAUUUGUACCAGCAACAACUUUGGGACAAGCCGCUGCAGCAUCAGGUAGUGGCACAGAUCAGCCCUUGUCUCACGGCUGUUCGCAUGAUCAUCUUGCGAUGGAUUGAAGCGUUGAAUGGAGCAAGCGAUGAGAAUGCUACGAAACUCCAUCUGUUCCUUGAUAAGCGUGACAUGAUCUGGGAUGCUGUUCAGGAAUCAACUAUCAACGUGGGCGAACUUAUGAUUCUGGUUAAAUUGAUGUCAGAAUCCGGUGAUUUCUUAUUAUUGUUGUCUCCAGAAUUCUUUGGUCCAUUAUUUCAUAGUCUCAGUGUGAUGACUGAAGCCAUGGUAUUGACCACAGGAACAUUAAUGAAGAAUUUGUGGAGACGCUUACACCCCUCGGUUUUGGCAUCUGAAGAAUUGGUCGCUAUAGAGCAUGAAUUACUCAAGAUUGCCCAUACGGUCGAUGUCUGGUCUGAUGAAGCCAUCCUAGACCAAGAUGUAUUGGCAAAAGCUAGGGCGAUUGCCAAUAUUCCCGAAUUCAAGGACACAUUGAUCGAUGCCAUUGCGACACUUUACUUUGUGGACCAGAGCCCUGAGAAUGGAGCAGUUUUGCUUAAAACGAUCAAACAUGUCCCAGCUCACUUGCAAAAGCAAAUCGAAGGUGUUCAAAAGCAACUUGAAGGAUAUCCCAAGAUCAAAUCUAAAAAUAUUCAGGAUACAGAGAAUUUCAUGCACCCCAUUAUGGAUUUUUCAAGCACAGUGGCAGAGAUGGGCUUGCUUUCAAAACUGCAACAACAAUUACCACAAAACGAUCGUUUAUCCAGGAAGACCUUAGAAGAGAUUAGGACCCUGUAUGAGUUCUCGUUGAAAUCUACAACUCGCUCUGCAAUCGACUUUGUGCCACAUAAGCGCUUGAUAUGGGUCUUUGACUCUGAUGCUAAAGGUUUGAAUGAAAACACUCAGGCACUUUUUAAUCGGUUGAUUCAGGAUGUUCUUCACAACUGGCAUGCGCGUCUCUGGAAUAAUGCAUUCAAGGAUACCAAGUUUGACUCUUUUGGCGGGAAAAUUUUAAAUGAGGAUGUGCGUGAGUUAUUUGCACUUCAAGGUCCCGCCAAGUUAUUCCAAAGUGUGAACACUGCUGCUUACUUCAAUUAUCUAACCACUCUACCGAAGGCAGCUAUCAGCACGAUGGAUACUCAAUUGGAGCAAACACGUUCCUUAGUGGCCCAUCAGGCUCGUAUUUCCAAGCAUAUUAACCGCGUUGCUGCUUCCUUAAUCAGCCUGAUCUCAUCUAUCAACUUGAUUAUCGAUGUGAUAGUUCAAGUGCACACAGAGUUAGAUUUUACACAAUACCGCGUAGCGUUGGAUACCAUUGCCAGUUCAUUGGACAGUGAAGCCCAUCAGAGCGAAGCCUACGAGUCUUCUCUUUCAACCUUGUCCCACUUCAAAUCUACGGAUAUCACACUUAAACCGUCUUCAGUGGGUCGUCAUCUUGCGCUUGCUAUUUCUCAAUUGAUACAAUGCAUUCGAUUUUAUCAAUCUGGAGUAAGUAACGAUAGCAGCAACAACAGCAUCGAUACUCAACUCCAGAAUCUUCACGGCAAAUCCUGGGUCAACAUAGGUCUCGCUUUCAUUGCAUUAUAUAUUCCUGAUUAUUCUCUUGACCCAACUGCAAAACCUCGUUUGAUGCUUCAUGCUCUUCGAACGAAGCAAGACUCUCUUCAGACAGAGAUCAAGGUCCGUCAAGAAAUAGAGAUUUCCUUCACAGGGUCUCAUGAGAACGCCAUAAUCUUGGAAAAACUGGCUGAAUUGCGUCGAAUCGAAGACGAGAUUGAACAUUUUGCGAUAGAUGUGGCCUUGCGUCCCUCAAAUUCUCAGCUCGAAGAAUUAUUCAAGCAAAUUUGGCAGAUUCAAAAGGCUGCGAUUAAUAAGGAGACCAUCUCGGGAGUUAUAGACAAAAUCGAAGGUGCCAACAAAGAUGGAUCGCAGCUGGAUCAAGAAAAGCUGUUCCAAGAUGUGACUUCCGAAUUUAUCCGCCGUAAUGGGCUAAAGUUUAGAGCCUAUAGAGAUAUUUUGCAGCCACUCAUUGUUUCAAUCUAUCAAAUCAAAUUUGGUAUGCGAUUGGUGGCUUCAGCGUCAGCGUUAAGCUAUAUUCGAGAUCGCGAGGCACUAGAGUCAAUUGUCACUUGCCUUAUCCGAGUUCCAGACUACCAUCGCUUGGAAAGCUUGGGUCAUAACAACAACGACAAGUUUGACUCGCUCCACGUGGUCACUCAGCCCGCAACUCUUCAAGUUGUUAAACGCACUGUGUUUGGCAAGAGCAUUGUCACGAAGCCUUGGUCAUUCUACUUAAAGUAUCUGAUCACUGCACUUCAGCGUCAACGUCGUGCAAUUGCUGCAACAGGUAUUCUUGAUAAGCCUUCAAUUGAUACUUUGGAUGACCUGUUUACAGAAGUAACGGAUAUUUGGACUAAAGGUGAAGAGCAUGCAGCCAAGAUGAAGAUCGAGCAAGAAUCACUCUACAAGCAGCGAGUCAAUAAGUAUGAGGGUAUGGACGAUGAUGCGAUCGACGAGGCUACAUUUAAGGAGAUGUUUCCGGACUUUGCAGAUGAUUUCAAAGCUCCUGAUGAGAAUAUGACUAUUCCAGAUGAUGAAGAUCAGAACAAACAUCAACAAAAAGAAGCACCUGCUGUUGAGGAAAAGACGUUUGAUGAGCACGAUGUAAUCUCAAUUGGCAACCUUCACAAGAUCUUGUUCAGUGCAGCUGAACUCGACAAAUGCUCAGACACUCCGACUAUGACGAUCCAGGAACGCAAAUUUCUAAUUUGGUCUUGGUACAAUCGUGCUUCCGAGCUGUCAGAUGUCAGCGAAUGCUCAUUUGGGCACCAACUCGAUACAGCUUCUCAAGGCGCACACCUGCUCUCGAGUGUUCUGACGGAGGAAUGGUUGACAGGAAAAGAUAACAACUAUUGGUCGUCAGACCCCACGUAUGAUUUCUACAAGGAUCAGCGUGUGGCGGAAGUUGUCAGGAUUAUUCCUAUUUUAACGAAGCUCCGCUAUCGUCUCCAGAGCAUCCACUCUAUCUGGUCGGAACACGCGAUCCUCGAAUCUCUGAUUGAAUUCUGCGACAAGUUACUGGCUUUCCCGCUAGACUCCCCUGUUGCCAAAAUACUUGCAGGUAUUGAAGUUCUCUUGCUUAAAACCGAGGACUGGCAGAUGAAUGCUAGUCGCGAAUACUCUAUUCUUGAAAAUCAAGAAGAACUUAAGACAUUGAUCAUCUCGUGGAGACAGCUUGAGUUGACUUGUUGGCCCAAGUUGCUUGAAAUCCAGGACAAGAGCCAGGCUGAGAGCGUCUUUUCAUGGUGGUUCCAUUUCUAUGGAUCGAUUAUAAAGCCUACUAGAGAUAUGGAUUUAGCGGUGGAUGAAGGGAUCGAAGUCGAUGUCCUUGCUCAUGUUAAAGCGCUUCUCGGUGUUUUGGACCAGUUCUUACAGGCUUCCAGCGUUGGGGACUUCUUGCCUCGUAUGGAUCUCCUCAAAUCCUUCCACCGUCAUCUUAAAAUCCGAGGCGAACUCACAUUUGCAGAGCGUCAGAAGCGUCUCAAGGAGAGCCAAGAUGAGAGCAGCAUCAACAAUGUUACCGCGACAGCAGCCGUCGCAGUCGCUUCCAAGGUUGCAGACGCUAUUUGGAAUGUUCAUCAGUAUUACAGUCAGUUUAUUGAGAGCAUUCAGACCUAUGUCUCCACCUCAAGGAAACCCAUUGAGAAGGAGAUGAAGGAACAUGUCAAAAUUGCCAGCUGGAAGGACACAAACAUUCAUGCACUCAAGGCAAGUGCUCUAAAGACCCAUCGUCGUCUCAACAAGCUGCUCCGAAAGUACAGAGAUAUUCUCCGCAAACCCCUCACAGAUAUCAUCACAGCCUACCAGAUGGAAGCACCUGUUGUCCGCGCCAACAAGAAGCAGGCUCCUGAGGUCAAUCAGCCAAACAUAGAUGUUUGGAUCACACAAACAACUAUGGUAACAGAUAUCUCAGAGCCUAUUCGACAACUGCUUCAGCAGUCAAUUACACUAAGUCCCAGUGAGGCGCUUCUCAACUUACCUUCUACUUUUAAUCGCUUGAAGAAAAUCAUGGCCAAAAAUGUAGUAAUGUCAAGCUCAGAGAGUGCGCCUCUAGAGGAACUCAUUGGCGACAUCAUCCAACAGAUCGAAGAUUUCCAAAAAGAAACUCCAUCUAAAAUGACAGAAGAGAAUAAGUCUCAGCUCAAAAACAUGAAGACGAUCCGCAAGCGUGCACUUGUUGAUCUACUCAAACUGCUACAACGUUUGGGGUUGAACCGUCACCGCAUGGUUCGUCUUGAGGAAGAUCUAUUGGGUUAUGUUUUCCAUUUGCCUCCCACUGAGAUCCAGGAUAUUGAGGCGCAAGCUAAAUUAAAUGACAAAAUUGUCCCUGCGGGUUCACAGGUGGCUCAACUGUGGAAGAGGUCUGAUGAUUAUUUUUACAAAAUUGUGGGCCGCAUGAUGCAACUCCGUAGUCUGUCGCAGCAGCCCCCCAAGGACAUCACCAUUGUCGAGGCCGAGAAGAGUCGUGGAUAUACUGAGCAUCUUGUCAACUUGGUAAUUGAACAGCGCCAGGAGCUGCGGUCCAUGAAGGCCUCUAUGGACAUACUCCGUGGAGUAACCUCACAGUUCCAAGGUAUCUUUGCUCUCCCCAAGGGCAAGACUGUCUCGCUCGAUGUUCAUGGUCCCCAUACACUCAUCUAUCAUAAGGUUGCGCUCGACAAGCUUUAUGAUCUUUUUGUAGACGCCAUGUUAGUACUUGAGGCAACUGCUCGUCACUCCACAACUCCUGGUCGUAACCAAUUUUUGGUCAAUGCUCAAGCUGCUUUGGUCAAGACAAAGUCACUCAAACAUUCUUUAGAUAAGGUCGUUGACCGAUGGUAUCUAACCCCUGUUAUGACUGGAGGGGUCUCUCCAAUUUUGUCAGGCUUGAUCCUGGAGACCUUAUCGCAAAGCUUGGAUGCUGUUCACGAGAUCGAGCAUAUUCUCGUCUCCCUUCUCAAAGAGAUGCCAGAAGCGCAAAGUGUCCUAGAUCCUCUGCUGUGUCAGAUCACCGAAUCUUUUCCUCGCCAAUGGUCAUUCUCUACUACCACCAUCGAUCCCUCUAAUCUAUCAUUCCAGGGUACUGUGUCCAUGCAAAAACUUGUUCAAGAAAUCAAUGACGAGAUUGAUGGAUGUAUUACCUUCGUGCUUCUACGGGUCCAAGAUAUUAGUAAAAAGACCAAAGCUGUAGCUGCUGUUGGAACUCUCUCUUCCAAUAAUACAGUUGGUAUGAGUGAAAAUAGCGAAAAGGAGGACGAGGAAGAGAAGGAUCAAUACGGUAUGCCUGAAAAGUUCAUCACGUCUGAGAAUAAGAAGCUGACGACCAUGCACCGCAUCCUUCAAAUGGAAUCAAUGAUCAAGAAAACCCGCUCGAUCAGCCAAAAGAUUCAUCAAGCCAUUCGCGUUCCAGGUGCAGCAGCAGCAGCAGCAGCAGCAGCGGCCGAGGCUUUCAUUACAAUGCGUCUCCAGGAACUCUAUCCAUUUAUCGAACAAUAUCUCUUCCUAGCUCAACACCACUUGUUCCACUUUGUCCAGUACCAUAAGACUAUUAACAAAUUGACCUAUGUCCUUUGCAAUACCUUCUCGAUUCUUUUCAGCAAGGGCUUUUGUAUUCCAGAGAUGGAGCAAGAGAUGAAAGAAGGUGAAGAGGAAACAGGUGUUGCAGGCACGGGUAUUGGUGAGGGUGAAGGUGGGAAGGAUGUUAGUGAUGAAAUUGAGGAUGAAGAGCAGGUUCUUGGUACUCAGAACGAGAAGAAGCAAGAGGACCAGGAUAAGAAAGAGACUCAAGAAGAGGACAAAGGUAUUGAAAUGGAGAACGACUUUGAAGGCAACUUGGAGGACGUUGAGCCUUCCUCAGAUCAAGAUGAUAACGAGGAUGACGAGGACGAUGAAGAUAAAGAAGAGCCUGACGAGGCUAUUGGCGAUGUCGACGACGAUAAUCCAGAAGCCAUUGAUGAAAAGAUGUGGGGAGAUGAUGAAGCUGAGGAUGCUCGUGAUAACGACAAGAUGAUUGAUGAAGAUAAAUCAACAGAACAGAAUGAGCAGGAAUCUGAUAUGGUUGCCAAGGAUGAGGAGGACUCUGGCAAGCAAGAUAUCAAUGAUAAAAAGAAUAAGAAAGAAAAGAAGGAGAAAGGUAAAGAUGAUAAUCAAGAGGCUGAAACCCAAGAAGGUGGUGAUGAAGAAAGGAAGGACCAAGAAGCAGAAGAAGACGAUGAAGCUGAAGAAGAAGAGUUCGAAGACCAUAAUGAGGAGGAGACAGCCGAACAUCGACCGGAUGAUCAACAACAAGUUGAGAUCCCAGAAGCAGAGACAUUGGAUUUACCUGAUGAUCUAAAUUUGGAUGGUAAUGAAAAAGAAGAAGACGACAAUGAUGAAGGUCUUGAUGAAGAGCCUUUUCAAGACCAGAUGGAUGUUGAAGAGCAACAGGAUCCUAAAAACAAGAAAGAUGAAGGAGGUAGGGAUGAGGAUGAGGAUGAAGAUGAUGGUAGGGAAGAUGAAGAAACUGCUUCAGGAGAGAAGAUGGAAGAUGAGGAGAUGAAGGGUCUUGACAACGAUGAGGACGAAGAGAUGGCAGAGCCUAUUGUUAACGAUGAAGAGGUGGAAGAUGGCGAAGAGAAAGAGCAGGAAGAAGAGGACGAUGAAGCAUCCCGUGAUGACUCACGUCAACGACCUAACGAACAAGCUCGCUCAAAGAUGGAGGAACAGAAGCAGGAGGAAGACGAAGAAAAUGAAGAAGGCGAUGAAGUGAAGUCUUCAGAGCAGGAAGAACAGCCCGAUCAAGAUGCUGAGGCCAAACAAGAGUUUGGAGUUGAGGGUGAACAGGGCAAGGCUAACUCAAGUGAGAAUCCUAAGGCUGAAGCUGACAGCCAACGCUCGAUGGAGAGUGCGCCUACAUCAUCUUCUAGAACUGAUCCAACUAUGGAGGAUCAACAGGAUCAACAGAAUAAGCCUCGGGACCGUGGUGAUAACUCACAAAAGAAAAAUCGCCCCUCAAAUGAACAAGAAAAAGAUAACUUCAAGAAGCCGGAGACAAAUCCCCAUCGAUCCUUGGCUGAGGCGCUUAAAAACUGGAAACAAAAGUUGCAAGACCUUGCUGAUCCUGAAGAGGAGGAAAAGGAUGAAAGGGAAGCGGAGGAAACGCCUAAGGAGGAUGAGAAUGCCGAAAAGGAAGGUGAGGAGAUGGAAGUCGAUGAAAACCAGGCAUUUGAAUACCUUCAAAAUGAUGAUGAGGCGUAUGACAUGGAGACUAUGGGCAAUGCAAAUGAGCAGCAAAUGCAAGACCGCAAGGAUUUAGGGGCCAUUGAUGAGGAACAAAUGAAGAAAGACGACGGAAAAGAGGAUCAAUUUGCAGAUAUGGAUGUUGACCCUAAAGACGAAGAUGUGGACAUGGACCAAGGCCCUGAGGAGCAGAAGCCUAAGCUGGAUGAGGAUGUCAUGGAGCAGACCAACCCUGAGAAUGCGGCAGGUGCUUUUUUCUCUCAGCGCAUGGACAAGCGCAAGAAGGAUCAAGAGAAUGAUGACGAUGAAGAGGAGCAGAGGAAGCGUGAAGAAGCCGAUAAGGCUGCUGCCGUCCAUGAACCACUCAAGCCUGAGGAGAUUGAGGCGCUUCGUCAGCAGCUGGAAACCUCUCUUGGCGAUUGGAGAUCAGGAGGACGGGAUCCCAAAGAGGCUCAAGCACUUUGGCAAAAAUACGACAAUUUGACUCAGGAUCUUGCUCUUGGUCUCUGUGAGCAAUUACGAUUGAUCCUGGAGCCUACACAGGCAACCAAACUGAAGGGCGAUUAUAGGACUGGAAAGCGCCUAAACAUGAAAAAGAUCAUCCCCUACAUUGCUUCGCAGUUCAAGAAGGACAAGAUCUGGCUUCGCCGUACAAAACCCUCGAAGCGGCAGUAUCAGGUCAUGAUUGCCAUUGAUGACUCUACCUCCAUGUCCGAAUCUCGCUCUGUUCAACUAGCUUACGAGUCGCUAGCCUUGAUCUCUAAAGCGCUUUCACAGCUGGAAGUUGGGGAGAUUGGCAUUAUGAGUUUUGGAGAGCGGGUUGAAUUGCUCCAUCCAUUUGACCAACCCUUCACAGGAGAGGCCGGAGCAAAGGUUCUGCAGCGAUUUGGAUUUGAUCAACACAAGACCAAAGUCAAGGAGAUGAUGGAAGCCUCAAUUGCACUGUUACAGCAUGCCAAGAUGAAUCAAUCUGGAGCAGCACGAUCUCAAGAGCUGUGGCAACUUCAAAUUAUUAUUUCAGAUGGAAUUUGCGAUAACCAUGAUGACACACUUAAGGCGUUAGUCCGCCAGGCAGCUGAGCACCAAAUCAUGCUGAUCUUCAUUAUCCUGGACAAUAAGCCUGAGAAGGAGUCGAUUAUGAAAAUGACAACUGCUAGCUUCACAACCGUUAAUGGUGUGCCUAAGCUGUCGUUGAACCCAUAUCUUGAAACCUUCCCAUUUGACUACUACGUGGUCCUGCAGAACAUCAACAGUCUUCCCGAGACCCUUGCGGAUGCUUUACGCCAAUACUUCAGCUUUGUAGCGACUUAGUUUAAACCUCUAACGUUCAUAAUAAAUAUAUAUGCUUAA